ACUGGCGAGAAACAGGGUGAGGCAUGGGGAUAUUACUCCUAUAUCGGCAGGGUGCGGCGAUGGGAUGGACUCGUGGUCCUGCUUCGGAUGCCUGCGGACAAACCGGCAUUUGACAGCAGUGGAUGCUAUAUCUUCAAGGGUUACGUCCAUGGGCAGAGCCUCGUUGGCAGGUGGCGAGAUAAUGUACAGAUGCACAGGAUUGGGUUCGAGGGUGCCUUCGUCCUCUGCCGC